CUUUCGCACCCAGGCUGGGAGUGACAUCUCUCUAGGACAUCUUUCAACUAUAUCUGUUUGUUAAAAUGGAAGCGCUGUACUCAGUAGCUCCACCAGCUUCAACAACGCCUCUAGUAGUUGGACUGCUAGUCGGAUUAGCCUUGUUGUACCAGACCUGGACUCGUUCCUUUAUCCAAACCUGCUUCGAAUAUCUUCCUAGACAAAUCAAGCUCCCUUCACCCGAGUCAACUCUAGAGCACGAAGAAAUCAUUGCAGUUAGCAAAGAACCCGAUUUUUCUGCGGAUUGGUGGACAGGCUCUAGCACAUAUGAACUCGAACGUCGCGCAAUUUUCAGUAAACACUGGCUCUGCCUCUCACACCGCAGCCAAUUCUCCAAGCCAGGCGACUACCACGCCCUCACUGUCGCCGGAUAUCCCGUCUUCCUGAUCCUAGGCAAGGACGGCGAGCUCCGGGCCUUCCACAACGUGUGCCGCCAUCGUGCAUACCCAGUUACCCGGAAGGACCGCGGCUCGUCCACCGUUCUCGGCUGUCGGUAUCACGGCUGGAGCUACAACAGUCUCGGGCAGCUCAUCAAGGCGCCGCACUUUGACGGGGUGGCGGGGUUCGAUCGCGCGCAGAAUGCCCUGUUCGCUGUGCAUACUUUUACAAGCCGGGCGGGGUUCGUGCUUGUGAACUUGGAUACCAGCUUGAAGGUUCCGCCGCCGGAGGUAGAGUUGCUUGAUGCUUUUGUGGGGUCUCGUGAGAUUGCGCUGCGGUCGAGGUGGGAAGGUGGGCAGACGGUUGAGGGUCAGGUCAAUUGGAAGCUGAGUGUGAGGAUUGCCGAGUCUUUGAUCGACACUGAGGGUAUAAGGAGCCUGGGAUCCCAGCGAAGGUUCCCUUCUUGGUUGUUGAACAGGCUUGGGGUUUCGCAAGAGGGCUCCGCAAGCAUGACCGUCUUUCCAAUCACGGCAGUCAAGGCGAUUGAUAGAAAGGGGUAUUGGUGCACACUGACCUGCAUCCCGGUGUCUGCGCAGAAAACCUCCUUCCGACUUGAUUUGUAUAGUAGCAGCAGCAGCAGCAGCAGCAUGAUCUCUGAAGCUAAAGCUAUAACGCAGGAGACGACUAAUCGGCUGCAGAAGACGAUCGCUGAGCUAGAAACAGCAUAUCGCUCCUGUCUUGAGGAUACUAGCUCUGCAUGCGUGACACUUCAACCAACUGCAAAGGAUGCAGGCAUGCAACAAGCUGUCCUUGAUGCACUGAAGACCCAUUUGAAGUUGGAAAGGCAACAAGGAGCCGAAGUAUUUCCCGCCAUGAGGAAGCCCAGGGAGAAUGCAAGGUUUGAGCAGGCGGAAAAACUUUGCAAGGAGCUGGAUUGUGUAGAUCGAGGCCCGGAUAUGUCCUGGUGAUUUUGUAUUGGAGAGAUCCCUUGUUGUUAGUAGUCUCAAGAUGAUCAAAGGCAUAGCAACACCAUGAAAUGUGGUGCGCAUGGUGGUUUCAAUGGCCAAGACGUCCUCCAUGUUUCGCUAAGAAGAAUAGUACUUCCU